GCCUCGUGUCGCUGUGGAAUGUCGACUCCAGUGAACCCCUGCAUCGUCUGAUGCGUGAGCUUCGCCUAUGCCAGCGACAACAACGCCUCCUUCUACAAGGUCAUGCGCUCCAGAUUCGACAGCAUCAAAACGGCCUACCUAAAGAAGGCCCCUCCGCCGAAGCGACAGUUCAGUGCGCCCAGCCUGAUGAACCCCAAGCACAUGGAGGUUCUGCAGGAGUUUGGCAUACAGAACUAUGACCAACCCGUGCCCCCGCAGAACAUUGCUGCCAUGAAGGCCAACAAGAUCCGGGAGAAGCAACGUGGUGGUCAACAGUUGCUGCCGCCGCAGUCCCAACAGCAGCAGCAACAACAACAACAACAACAUCAGCCCCAGCAACAGGCGCCGCAGAUGCAACAGCAGCCCCAGCCCCACCAACAGCAGGUACAGCAGCAGCUGGCCACAGCUUCACCCGUUCCCCAAACUCUUCCCGUACAACAGCAGCAGCAACAGCAGACCGUGGAACUGGUGCAGCAGCAGCAACAGCCCAUCAACACGAACACAACGGUGGCGGUUCCCUCCGCCGGGCAGCUGCAGCAGAUGCAAAUCCAGCACUUAACCAGCGCCAACGUAUCGCCCGGCCAGCAGACGGCCAUUCUCCUGCAUCAGUCCCAGCAGCAAAUGCGCACUCACCCGGGACAAGGCCAGCAGUCCGCCACGCAACAGCUGGUGAAGACCAUUGUGGGAACCUCUUCCAAUCUGACGGCAGGACAGCUGCAGCAGCUGGCCCAACAGUCGGCCGCUGCCAACCCGGGCCAAUCCAGCGUCAGCGUGGUGCUCACAACGCCCGUACAGAGUCUGCCGGCCGUUGUUCAGACACAGUCUGGCAGCGCAGCCCAGAUCGUGUCCAUCUCGUCACAGACAACGCUACCCGUAAACAGUUCCCCGCAGCUAGGAAGCAUUGUGCAGACCCAGACCCUGCCCCAGGUCGUCUCCGUAAGCACACUGCCCACCGUGGGUUCCGUGCUGACCACCACUGCCAGUCAACAGCAGCAACAGCAACAGCAGACCACGGCAGUGACCACACUUAACACCGCCAUGCUGCGGGGUCAGCGAAUUGUGUCCGCUUCCACGGGAAACACGCUGCAGCAGCGAACAAAUGCAGCCGGACAGUCGAUUGUGUCCGUGCCCAACCUCGGCCAGGGCGUCAGUCCCGCCCAGUUCCAGACGCAACUUCGUCUGGCCGCAGUGCCCACGUCCCCAGCCACACAAACACAGCUGGUGACCACCAAGGGCAUUCCAGUGACUGCCCUUCAGCAGGGAGGGAAGACGACGGUCAUUCCCGGAAACCAGCAGCCGGGAGGCGCUCACAUCCAGCUGUAUCGCCAGCGUAGCCUCAAGGUGCUGCAGACGCAGCCGGCUCCCGUUGGUGGGACAGCAGGCGGUGGAGUGGCCACUGCCAAUCUGGUGCAGACAGCGGGUACCAUCAUCCAGGCCGGCAACAUGCCCACCCAUGUGACCAGCCAAAAGGUGGCCGUCUCCGGAAUGCCGGGAGCUGGCGUCGUACAGGCGGCCAACGUCGUUAGCAGUGUCCAGAUGCACGGCCAGGCCCGGACGCAGUUCAUCAAGCAAAUGGCCAGCAAGCAAAGUCUGCAGCGUCAGGUGAUAUCGGCGGACGGCAGCACCACUUCAGCGGCAGCCGGAGACAUGCUUCUGGUUAAGCGACACAACAUACUGGCCACCCAAAAGGGCCAACAGGCGACGGGCGCCCUCUUCACCACCACCACGGCCGUUCAGCAACAGCAGCAACAGGGACAGCUGCCAGUGGCCGGACAGAUACAGCCCCAGCAGGUCACCCAGCAGCAGAUUGCAUCCCUGGUGAAGGCCUCCACGGCGGCGGCAGCCAGCGGGAGCAGUUUGAGCGCGGGUGGAGUCACAGUCUCCGCCACGGGUCCCACCGUGCAGGCGGGAAGCGUGAACAUCCCUUUGCCGCAGCUCAAGUGCGGAAGCCAGAUCAAGGUGACCAUGCCCAUGCGGCAUCUGCAAAUGCAGCAACAGCUGACGAUGCCGCGCAAGAUCAGCCGAAUGACACAGCUGGUAAGCGCCAGCGGACAGCCAACGGCCACCAACAUUGUGUCCGGUCCCCAGCCGCAGCAGCAGCAGUCUGGCGGCAUGACCGUCACCGGUGGGGGAACCCUGCCCACGGUGGCAGGCCAACAACAGCAGCAGCAGAAGGUGACAACCGGUGGAGGUAGUGUCCAGGCCCAGCUGUUGCACAUUCAAAACACCAAGACGCUGCCCAGCUCGGUGACGGUGCAGCAGUUCCAACAGGUUAUGCGCAGUGGGCAGCAGGGGACGUUGGCCACCACGAAUUUGGUGCUGGGCAAGACUAGUCUCGGACGGGUCAUACCCGUGUCGGUGGCCUCGCAGGCCAAUCAGCGGCAGACGAUCCAGGUGGUAUCGGCCGCCUCUGCCCAGGCCCUUGCUGCCGGCAGCCUGCGCACUCACGUGGGUAGCCCAGGCAUUACCAACGCCCUGAAAGUGGCCGCUGGGGGCCAGAACACGCAGCAGACCCUGAUUGCUGCUCUGCAGCACAAUCAGCGGCAAAAUGCCAGUCCCGUCCGGCUGCAAACCACUGCCGGUGGGAACCUGCUGGCUGUUGUCCAGCAACAACAACAGCAACAUCAACAACAACAGAUACAACAACAGCAGCAGCAACAGCAUCAGCAGCAGCACACUAGCAUCGCUGGGCCCACAUCGGGGCCCGCUGAGGUGAUGACGAUAACGCAGACCACCACUACCUUGCCCACGGUGAGCGGUCUGCAGCAGCAACAGCAGCAGAAGCAGGGCGGCAUGUCACUACCCACAACGCAACAGGUACGCAAGCUGGUACAGAAAAAGAUCAUGAUACGCAGCGAAAAAGAAUAACAUUUAGCGCAUAGUCGGUCGCAAAGAGCCGACAGGGCACGCAAUCGGCGGAGCAUCUCGAGCAUCACCUCCACCGUCGCUUCCACAGCCACCACAAACACCACCAAUUCAAACUCAAACUCGAACUCCAGUCCCUACUCCACAACCACCACAAGCACAAGCACAAGCAUCACCAACUCGAUCAACUGCCAAACAAUUUGAAUCUUUCGAAUCAAGUUUCGACCAAAUUCCGAACACUCAUACCACGUCGAUCUUCAUGCAUUAAAUCAAUUAGUCAAAUAGUUUAGUCAUUGCUAAAUUGAUCUCAAUUUCUGUCGAUUGGUUUUGCAGCCAUGAGCGAUGGCAAUGGGCGAUCGCUCGACAGCUGUGGAGGAUUUGGAAAAGAUCGUGCUGAUGACGAUGACGAUCGCUUCAAUCAGCUCGGGGCGUGGCCGCCGAAUUACUUUUACCAAUCAUAGUGUACCGUAGCCUUAGUUUAAUUCGCAAUAACUCUUAAGUACCUAUAGUAAUUACUGGCAAACUGCCUGCUUUAAAUUAAACUUGUAAAUUGUAGUCAUCUAAGCUCUCCCCUCACCCCACGCCGUAUGUACAUUUGUAAAUCCAUCAAAUACUACAUACUACAAAUUAAUAAAUGUACAUCUAUUUAGACUAUAAUUUACUUAUGCUCUAGUAUAAUGAACAAAUUACAGAAAUAAAGGAAAAAUAUAAAGAUA